UCUUAGUGAAAAUAGUGCAGCAAGUGUGAGGAAACUCCAAAGGGCUAUUAUUACUCAUGAACACUAUUGUUAAUUUGAAAUCUUGAUUUUUUAGCUUACAAUGUAUAACGUUUUAUUAUUUUUAAUAAUUAGUAAUCAAGUUUAGUGUUAUUAAUUAAUGUUCUUAUUAACUAUGGCCUAUUGAAAAUGUUGGAAAAUUGUUUUUGUUAAUGGAUGGUUGAAUAGAAUCAGCAACUUCUUGGCUUUGUUGACAACCAUAUCGAACUAUUAUAAUUUACUUAACUUUGAUAUAUUUUUGCUAAAGAACAAUUUCUCUAUAAUGUAACACCAGUCGAUGUUACACGACAAGUGCUUCAACGUAACUCCAAAAAUGUUUCACGAGGCAGCAAUUGUAGCCACUUGUUAAAUCCAACUUCUUGUUCUCCUUUGUAGGUAAUGUUUAUUUUAUGUGGUAGAACGCACUUUUACCGUUUACCCGUUAAAUGUUCUAUAGUUUUCUUCUUUCUUUUAGAAUGGUUUUUGGAUAUAUUUUUUUGUUUGCUUUUAGUUUUGGGAUGUUGUUACUUAAAAGUAGGUGGUAUCCGUUCUUCUAGUUUUAGGUUGACCGCAUUACUCUACCUAGUGCUUUCAUAUUCGUUUCACAUUGUGUAGUUUGUCAUUUUUCAUUGGAAAUCAAUAUACUUUUAUCUGAUAUAAAGCCUUUAUCAAAAAUAAAAUAUAAAGCCUAUGGCAGUAUAAGAAAACAGUAUGUUUAAAUUCAAGAUGGUGCUCGUAUUCUUAAGCCUAUCUUUGAAACGAACCUUAAAAUCAAUGUAAAAGAAAGGUGCUUGUAAAGGAAAGAGGAGUAUAAAAAUAGAUUAGAAUGUGACAACCCUUAAGCUUUAACAAAUGAGUUUUGUCGUGACAUUUUAAUUUUACAGGAAGGAAGAUGAAGAAUUUCAAUAAUGGCUUCUUCCCCAGCAUGCUCUUUCUUCUCAUAUGUCUUGUGUAUUCGGGGCUUGCUAAUGAUCCUUUCUCCCAUAGUCACUCUCUCAAAACAGAGUGUAUAAUGAAGCCUCCACGAAGCAUUGUGGAACAAGAAUUAAUACUACUUAGCCACUCUGAUGAAGAUGACUCUGAUCAAGAGUGGGAGAUAGAUGAAAAUGGGGCUAUUAGAGAAAUGGCACAGAGAAUUCAGCUUCAGCAAAGAAUCAUUUACAGCUUCUCCGCUUGGGUAAAGUUGAGAGGAGGAAACGACAAGAAAGUAGGGAUUGUGUUCAGGUCAGAAAGUGGAAGACUUGUUCAUGGAGGUGAAGUUAGGGCAAAGCAAGGAUGUUGGUCUUUGCUUAAAGGUGGGAUUGUACCUAAUGUUUCAGGCCCAGUAGAUAUAUUCUUCAAGAGUGAAGACAGAGAAGCAAAGAUCUCUGUAACAAAACUGUCGCUAAAACAGUUUAGUAAAAAAGAAUGGAAACUGAAACAAGAUCAACUUAUUGAAAAGAUAAGGAAGAAUAAAGUGAGAUUUGAAGUUACUUAUAACAAUAAAACUGCGGUAAAAGACGCAGUAAUAUCCCUAAAACAAACCAAACCAUUUUUCCUCUUAGGCUGUGCAAUGAAUUUCCGGAUCCUACAAAGUGAAGGGUACAGAAAAUGGUUUGCGUCACGGUUCGCAAUCACGUCAUUCACCAAUGAAAUGAAAUGGUAUACAACAGAGAAAGUACGCGGUCAGGAGAACUACACGGCAGCAGAUUCAAUGCUGAAGUUUGCAGAGGAGAAUGAUAUAUUGGUUAGAGGUCAUACAGUUUUAUGGGACGACCCAAAGAUGCAACCAAGUUGGGUGGAAAAUAUAAAAGACCCUGAAGAUGUGAGGAAUGUGACACUGAACCGGAUAAAUUCGGUUAUGAAGAGGUACAAAGGUAAGUUAACCGGGUGGGAUGUGGUUAACGAGAAUUUGCAUUGGGAUUACUUUGAAAAAAUGCUUGGUGUAAACGCUUCGUCAAGAUUCUACAACCUUGCUUAUAAGCUAGAUCCUGAUGUGACAUUGUUUGUUAACGAGUACAACACGAUUGAGAACCCUGGAGAGGUUACUGCGACGCCGGUUAAGGUGAAGGACAAGAUGGAGGAGAUACUUGCGUACCAAGGAAACGAAAACAUUAAAGGAGCAAUUGGAGCUCAGGGUCACUUUAGUCCAAUUCAGCCUAACUUAGCUUACAUGAGAUCUGCAUUGGAUACUUUAGGCUCACUAGGGUUGCCUGUAUGGAUUACAGAGCUUGAUAUGCCUAAAUGCCCUAACCAGGCAAAAUACAUAGAAGAAAUUCUCAGGGAAGUUUACUCGCAUCCUGCGGUGGAAGGCAUCAUAAUAUUUGCUGGACCUGAGGUGUCUGGUUUUGACAAGCUGACACUCGCGGACAAGGACUUCAACAUCACAGAGACGGGAGAUGUAAUUGACAAGUUGCUCAAGGAGUGGCACCAAAAAACUUCAGAUAUUCCAAAUAUUUUCAUGGUGGACCACGAGAACGAAGAGGAAGAUGUGUCAUUGUUGCAUGGACUUUACAACGUGAACGUAAGUCAUCCACAGAUCAAGAACUUUUCCACCAGUUUGCGCUUGGAGGUAACUAAGGAGAUGGGUCCGCGCCAGGUAGUUAGAGUUGUGAUUAAUGCUUAAAAGUGAUAAUUAUAUACAACAUUGUCUUGUUACAAAAAAAAAUAACAUAUAUAACAUUGGUCGUACUGAAAUAGUACUUGAAACGUCAA